AUUUUACAUAUUCUCUAAAAUUUGAUUUGAUUUAUCGAUAAUACAGUUUCAAUCAUCUAAGCAAUUAUCUUAUAAACUCGCCAGAUGGCAGCAAGAUCGAAAUGUUGAUAACGAAGGCAGCAUUAAUGGUAAAAGGAAGAUCUGUAAUAAUUAUUUAAAUGAUAGAUGAAACUUUUGAUCGUUUUUUAUUACACAAAAAAGACAAGAAUAUUUCAAAUGAUAUUACAAAAUUAAUAUGAGAAAAAUUUCCGAAUAGUUAUCGUUGUUCAUACGUAACAAAAGCUGCGAUUCGGGUUGUAAGAUUUUAAUUCUUCUUGAGGAAUUUUUUUUCUAUUGUAAGGGCAAUCCAAUUGUUCUUCCAUUAGAGAAGCAACAGAAAAUAGAAAAUAAAAGAAACAAAAAAAAAGAAAGAGAAAAUGCUCUCGUUUUCGUACAUGAUCGGUUACGUAUACUCGCGGAUCUUGAAUUAUCAAAGGUUCGCAAAAGGAAUCUUUCGUCUAUGAAACAAUCACGUAUAUUGGUGGUGAACCACUUUAGUUGACGAAUGAUUGUCACGCAUUGCGAUAAAAGUGACAAAACUAUUUACGAUAUUAUCGUGUGGGUUGUGAAUUCGAAGUAUUGUAUAAAUCAAAUGACGCAAUUACGAUGACAUUUUCUUCUUUUUUACCUUUUUUUUUUAUUUGGUUCUUUUUUUGUUUUGUUUUCUUUUUUUAAGAAGAAGAAGAAGAAGAAGAAGAAGAAUUCUAUUACGAUAAAAAAUCGAAAAAUAUACGAGAUUCAUCUUCAUCAUUCAUUAUAUAUCAUUCUAAGAUAUACAUAGGUCGAUAAAUCUUAGAUGCAUAGAUCUAUUGAACAUGACCCAUGAACGUUGUUGGCUGGUAUCGUUGGUUCGCAUAACUCGCUCACGGAAAUGGCGAGACACGUUGUAGCCUUAAAGAGAGCAUUUUCUUGGGUGUGGUUAAGACCCUGUCUUUGUGGUGAGUGUAGUAUAAAAAGGUGGGGCAUGAUCGAGUGCCAAUGCAGUCACUACUCCUAUAAAUUCGACGAUCUACGUCAGUGAAACUUGUAAUGCAGUUCUCGACUUCGUUUGAAUCGGACGUGAUAGUUAGAAAUCGUUGCUUCUUAGAACGUCAUUUUGAUUGAGUCCGUACAUUGGGGAAAGAUGAUCCAGUAUAUCGUAAUAUUUUGUGGAAUGUUGAGCGUGGUCUUUGGUGCUCCGCAAUGGUAUGGACCACAUCAUGCUGGUUAUGGUGGUCAUGCCGCACCGGCACCACUUGGUCCCGAUGGUCGUGUCGUAGAUACUCCUGAAGUAGCCCAAUUAAAGGCCGCACAUUUGUCAGCUUUGGCCGAGGCAAAUGCACGUGCACCGAAAGGACUUGGACCUGUAUCCGGACCUUAUCCAUCUCAUGCGGCACCUGCUGGUUACGCGCCGCAUUAUAGCGGACCACCAGCACCAUUGGGACCCGAUGGACGUGUAGUAGACACACCCGAGGUUCAACAAGCUAAAUCAGCACAUUUCUCUCUUUACAAUGCGGAAGCACAACGUGUACCAGCCGGGCCAGCUGAUCCAGUUUCAUCUGGUGCCUAUGAUCCAUCCUGGAAUAAUAAUGGUGCUUGGAAUCAAGGCUCAUGGAACAACGGAAACAAUUAUUAUUGAAAGGAUCUUUCUUUUUUUCUCUCUCUCUCUCUUUUUCUCAUUUCCUGACUUUUUUUUUCUUUCUUUAUUUCUUUGAUCACGUUCGUUCGACUGCAAUCAAUUUAAAAAAAGAUACUCCGUUCGCGUAUCUUUUGAAAAUCUACCUCGAGAUAAUAUUCGACUAUUUUAUCUACCUCGUACCAAGACUAAUCUUAAGAAGAAGAUGAAGAAGAAAUAUAUAUAUAUAUAUAGCAUAUAUAUAUAUAUGCUCAGUUCGUUCCGACUGGUUUCAAGUAUAAUUUUCAACUACCUCUUAUUAUUUAUUCGGACGAACGAGUAAUAUAUUUCUUCGAUUCAUAGAUCUCUCUUUCUCUCUCUCUCUUUUUCUGUCUAUUUCUUUUGCUUUUUUAUUUUAUCAUUUAUAUUAUAUUGUCAUAUUACAUAUCGAGCGAUCAAUUCUAUCCAAUCUCUUUUAUGCGUAUGGUGCUAUUAAAUAUAUUAUAUAUACAUAUUUAUAUAUAUAUAUAUAUACACACUUACACGCACAAAAAUAUGUAUACAUAAAAGUGUUAUAAAUAAUCUAGUUAUAUAAAGAAUUUUCAAUCCUCAUUGUAUCAAUCGUCAUAUCAAUAAUUAUGUAUCGAACGAGUUCUCAUCGCAAGGAAAUAAUUUUCAAGGUUACUCGAAUAAUAUUGUUUUAAACAA